UAUGCGUGAGACGUUCUUUGCUAGAUUGGCAAAUUUCAACCAGCGUCAAAAUGGUUUACAAGUAUAGACGGUGGUAUCCAUUAGUUUUCAGUUAUGCGCCAGGUUUAUGGGUUUAUUUGUAAAUGAAACAAACUAUUAGUUAAGUUUUUUUUGUCGACAAGAGGAAGCGAGCCUUGUGAUUCCUUGCGGUUGUCUCCUUGUUGUAUUAAGAUUUUACUGGAACUCAGCCCAGCUUGCAACGUUACAGCCAUGGAAGAUAGCCCAGAAAUAGUCGCUUUCAACGUCGAGCCAGUCAGCGACCUCAUUCCUAAGGAAAUUGCGAAGGAGCUUUAUAUAGCAAUCAAAGAAAACCAAAUGCGGGGACUGAUAGAUAACCAAGUGUUUUUUGCUGAGAUGCUGCACUGUCUCAACUACAAGCUUGAUCCCGCUGAACUGCAGUGGCGGCCUCCAACUCAGCAAGUCGAGCUUGUAAAGCUUUUGCAAUCACUGUUAGCCCUUGAUGAGUGGAAGAGGGCAGAAUUUCAUUCAAGAUCGCUCGAUACACAGCUUAUUGCAUUUAUCCACUUUUGGGCACGUCUGCAAAGAGCUGAAUUAGAUGCAAGAGGACUGCAGAGCGCCAACAACCUUCCGUUCUCAGGCGGAUAUGAAACAAGAAAGACGUUCAACAAAAUUCUCGAGGACUUGGAGGCGUAUCCUGGUCACCAGGAAGAUGGCUUUUUGAAUUACAUCCGCGCUAAAGUUCUUGUGCAUUUACGCAGAAAGGCAGAUGCUCGUGAGGUCCUUCUAACAAGCAUCAAUCAGGUGCCGUGCAACUGGCUCGCCUGGACGAUGUUGCACAAGUUUGUCGACUGCAAAGAAACGUUGGCCGAUAUCAGUGCAUUGCUGUGCCGGCAUUGGUUGAAACGCUUGUUUUUAGCUGAUGUCAGAUGUGCGGUGCUACCACUCGCUCAGGACGAGGAUGUAACCGAUGUGUAUAAAGAAAUGUUGGACAUCUUCAAGGAUUCGCCCUACAUUCUCACUCAGAUGGCCAUUAAGUUACAAAGUCAGCGCCAAGUGUGUUCAGCCAUUCAACUCUUCAGACAGGUUCGCUCGUUGGAUCCAUACCGCUUACAACAGCUUGAUGUCUACUCAAACUUACUGUACGUUGUACAUCACGAAACAGAACUGACCUACCUGGCUCAUUUUUGCGCAGAUGUCAACAAAUACUGCAAAGAAACUUGUGCAAUUAUCGCGAAUUUUCUGUCGUUAAGGGGCCAACACGAGAAGGCUGUAGAAUACUACAGGCGGGCGUUGAAAUUAGACCCUGAAUACUCGCAGGGCUGGACGCUAAUGGGUCACGAAUGCCUUGAAAUUAAGGAUACAACCUCAGCAAUUGAAGCAUACCGUCAGGCGACCAACAUUAACGAACGUGACUACCAUGCCUGGUACGGCCUUGGCCAGCUGUUUGAAGUCCUCAAAAUGCCGUAUUUUGCUCUCCGUUACCACCAAAAGGCGCACUCUCUUCGACCAUCCGAUUCGCGCAUCCUUGUAGCUAUGGCAGACUGUUACCAAAAACUCGGCGAAAUGGACGACGCAAAGAAGUGCUUUUACAAGGCCUACCAAACGGGUGAUAUCGAGGGAAUGGUGUUACAUAAUUUGGCCAGGCUUCACGAAGAGCUGGGUGAAAAAGAGCUAGCGCUCGAGUGUUUCCGGAAAUUCCUCGAAGAAUGCGAUGAGCGGAAGCUAACCGACGUCGAAGAGCAAGGCGAUGCCUUCCUUUAUCUAGCAAGGGCCUAUCUUGAAGAAGGAAAGCUGGACGAUGCACUGAUUUUCGCGCAGAAGGGCUUUGGUUAUGCUCAGCGUAGGGAAGAGAGCAAAAUGAUCAUUAAACUUAUUGCCGCUGCACGAGAUGCUGAAGGGGGUAACGGGCACUCGAAUGUAACUGCGAUUGCUUCUGGUAGCGGUGCCGAAGACAGCGCGCCGACCUUCAAGUUUACGACGCCCAAAUCAUCUGGCGCGACUAGUUAGAUACGAAGCUGUCUUGAAGUCAUCUUGAAAUUAUCUAACAUUUGGCUCCUGAAAUUUGCCAGACAUGGCUAUAGAAUCUGGCACUAGAUGGAUAUCGUCUGGCUUGGUUGUUGGAAGGUCGUGUCUGGUCAUUAAAGUGAUGAAUGUAUAUUUGUGAGAUACUACUUUUUCAACUUUUUUGAUGGACCUAAAGUUUAGGCUUAUUCUUACAUACUCCAUUCUCUGUUAAUUCUUGGCAGAACGACGGAAGAACAGAAAAGAACAGGUAACUCUUUUCGACUUAAAGGACAGCUCAUGCCUAUAACGGUUAUAACUGUACAUACGUAAAUGGAUUGUGCUCUACUCAACGGGCAUCUGUAUUUGUACAUAGUGUAUACCCAUAAAGUCGUCUGUAAUUAAAUAAAUAUUGAAAUGUCUCUGUGAGAUCGUUUUAAAUAUAGUUUGUAUUUCCUUUGUUGAUCAUUUCAUCGGAGUUUCGGGCAUCUCUUAAAAGUUUUCGCGCGCUUAUUUACAGCAGCAGCACCAUCAAAUAAUAUAGCUAGUCAUGCGUCGCGUGAGUGGUAUGUCUUGAUUCUAAACCUAUAUAUGACUUGUGCAUGCUUAGUAAUAAAUGCAACGCUUUAAUUACGCUAAAACGAAUCGAAAAGAGCCUUGACCUACUUAAUGCAUGAUCGGUAC